AUGCAACCGCAGGUGCUGGUGAGCAGCCACGAAAAGGCCACUGAAACCAAGCUUGUCUUCAAGCAUCGUCCCUGGGGCCCUUCCACUGCACUGCUUCGUUCAGGGCCAAGGGCGCAACUACGCGUACGUCCAAAAGGUGAUUGGGCACAAAGACGUUUGCUGUGUAUUGCCGUGUGCAAGGGAGACGCCAAUGCAUGCCCCAUGGCCAAGCUGCCUCAGGGCUUUCUGCCGUACUUUGUCAACCACGUGUUUUCUUUUCUGAGGCCAGAGAACAGCAGCCAGCCUAACCGUGAGGGCUGA